AUGCCGAACCAUACUAGGAAAUUCUUGGUUUUUAAGAUUUCUAAUACUGGUCCAGUUAUUAAACCUAUACCCAUCCUACCAAUAAAAAAACAACUUCAUAAGGAUUUUGUUGUCCAACAAACUGUAUACAUUGAUGGUAUGGAAAAUAUUCCGGUGCAUGAGGAACGACAAUGUACUGUACCACUAGUGGGUUUGGAAGACUCAUUCUUGGGGUCUAAAGAUAAUGAUGUGGACACCUCCAGUGAUUCUGAUACUAGUCCACUAUUGUAUCCUCCUGGUUUUGAACCUCCUAUUGACGACAUCUCAGAUGAUGUUUGCUCAGGUGAUGGAUUAGUCAAUGUUGCACAACCGGUUAUACCAGUUAAGCUGCGGAACGAAUUAAAGAGACUUGGUAUGUCUGUUGAGGUGUUUGUUUCUCCUCCCUCUAGAACAAAGAGGUUUGAAGUUAUGUGGUUUUUGGAGAAUGAAUUCUUACAGUUACUAGAAGAGUGGUGGUUUUCUUUUUGUUUUGCAGGUACCCCUAGCACUGUUCUUUGGAUGAAACUAAAAGCACUUAAAGAAAAGCUAAGAAUAUGGAACAACGAAGUAUUUGGCCACACCAACACCAAGUUGAAUGAAAUCCUCUCAAAAAUACAAACUCUUGCCGAACUAGCUGAAGAUAAUAUCCUUACUGAAGAAGAAACGAAUGUACAUUUUCGGAACAAAGUUGAAUUCGAAAAGAUCUCUAAAAUGGAGGAAACAUGUUGGAAAAUCAAAUCAAAUACCAAAUGGUUGCAGGAAGGUGAUAUGAAUACUUCUUUCUUUAUCAGUAAUGCUUCUGCUAGAAGAAGAUUUAACCGAAUUAGGCAACUAUAUAUUGGAGGUGAAUUGGUUUCUGAUAGAAAACAGUUGCAAGAUCAUAUAGUAGGAUAUUAUUGCACUCUUUUCACUGAAGAGGAGGUUAUCAGACCUAAUUUAGAUGGAAUUGACUUUGAUACCAUGACAUCUACGGAGUCGGACAUUUUAGAAGCUAAUUUUACUUAA